GUGUUGGCCUGUAAAAGGAUCAAAGGUAGACACACGUAUGAUGUCAUUGCUGCUGAGAUCAAUCACAUUCAUUCAUUAUAUGGACUGUCAACGAAAGUUACAGCUACGGUUACUGAUAACGGCUCUAACUUUGUAAAAGCCUUCCAAAUGUAUCAGCCGGAAUCGCUCUCUGACGAUGAUGAUGAUGAAGAGGUUACCUUCACAAAUGUUGCAGACGUGCUUGACACCUCCACAGAGGAGGGGAUUGUUUUACCACCACACCUGAGGUGUGCCUCUCACACACUUAACUUAAUUUCAUGCUCUGAUGUGGACAAGUGGCUGCUUUCAAAUCCUGGGACUAAAGGAAUUUACAGAAGUGCUACCGCCAAGUGCACAGCACUGUGGAGUAAGGCUAGCCGGUCGACUUUGGCUUCAGAGUUAGUGGGCGAUUUGGUUGGCAAAAAACUGCUUGUGCCAUGCUCCACAAGGUGGAAUUCAUUUUAUGAUGCUGUGGCAAGAAUAGUUGAAAUACCCAUGACUGACUUGAGUACCAUCUCUAAUCGUUUAGAGCUAAAAUGUAUUGGUGAGAGGGAGUUUCAGUUUCUGAGGGAAUACUGUGCCAUCAUGAAGCCUCUCACAGUUGCUCUGGAUAUCCUGCAAGGAGAAGAAAACUGUUACUAUGGCACCCUCCUGCCCACAAUAGAAGUUUUGAUGUCGAAGCUACUGGAGAUAAGAGAAGGCCUGAUUAUUGCAACUGGCCUACCUGAUGCCAUAGUUCAGGCAAUCAAAACACGAUUUGCAUCCGUCUUGGAAAGCAACGAUGCAAUACUGGCAGCUGUCACACUUCCUAUGUUCAAACUGCGAUGGUUGAGAGACCAGAGGAAGAAAGAGAUGGUCAAAGGAAUGCUGGCAGCAGAGUGUCACAAGCUCAUCCCUCGCCCUGGCCCUGUUCAGCAAGCAGCCAAGAUGCCUGUGUCUCCGACAACACCAGACUCAAGCUCCUAUAAUGUGCAGGACUUUUUCUGUUUUGAGGAGGCUGAUGAUACCUUCAGCACUGUGGAAACUGAAGUAAUGACCUACUUGAGAACAGCCGAAACAGGGAUGGAGAUUCUUAAACAAUUUCCCACAAUAAAGGAAAUUUCUCUGAAGAAAAAUGCAGCUACUCCAUCCAGUGCACCUGUUGAGAAACUUUUCAGCCUGGGAAGUCUGGUACUGUCUCCAAAGAGGAACAAGCUGUCUGACCAAAGGUUUGAGAGACUUCUUCUCAUGCGGUACAACCACUGGUUUGAAGGGUAA